AUGUCCACAACAACAGAGACUAGAGCUCCCUCGAAAGGUCUCGUCACUACAGACACCUUCGGCAACCCUUUCAAAGUUCCUGAUUACACCAUCAAGGACAUUCUCCAGGCCAUCCCCAAGGACUGCUACAAGCGCUCUUUGGUCCGUUCUUUGGGCUACGUCGCCAGGGAUAUCACCAUGAUGGUGCUUAUCGGGUACACGGGAAACACCUACAUUCCCCAGGUUCCCAACGCUUACAUCAGAGGUGCUCUUUGGGCGCUUCAAACGUACUUGAUUGGUCUUUUUGGGUUUGGUCUUUGGAUUUUGGCCCACGAGUGUGGCCACGGUGCAUUUUCUGACUUCCAGAACAUCAACGACUUCAUUGGUUGGAUGCUUCACUCGUACCUUGGAGUGCCCUACUUUUCGUGGAAGUUUUCUCACGCCAAACACCACAAGGCCACGGGCCAUUUGACCAGAGACAUGGUGUUUGUGCCAUACACCCAGCAAGAAUACGUGGAACUUCACGGGGCCAACAGAAUCGGCGAGAUCGUCGAGGAGCUGCCCAUUUACACGUUGAUGGUUCUCAUUUUCCAGCAAUUGGGGGGUUUGCAAUUCUACUUGGCCACCAACGCUACGGGCCAGAGCAUCCCGGGGGUCAGCUGGUGGGCCAAGUCCCACUACGCUCCAAAGUCGCCGAUUUUUGAGAAGAACCAAUACUGGUACAUUGUGCUCAGCGACAUUGGCAUCGUUCUUACGGCGCUUGGGGUCUACUCUGCCUCGCAAAUGUUCGGCUGGUUCCCUGUGCUCAUCAAUUGGUUUUUCCCCUGGUUGUGGGUCAACCACUGGCUAGUGUUUGUCACUUUCUUGCAGCACACUGACCCGUCGAUGCCCCACUAUUCAGACAAGGAGUGGACGUUUGCCAGAGGCGCUGCUGCUACCAUCGACAGGGACUUUGGGUUCAUUGGCCAGCAUAUUUUUCAUGAUAUCAUCGAGACUCACGUUUUGCACCACUACGUGCUGAGGAUUCCCUUCUACAAUGCCAGAAAAGCCACCAAGGCGAUCAAGGAGGUCAUGGGAGAGCACUACAGGUACGAGGGAGAGCUGAUGUGGAAAAGCUUGUGGAAAUGUUUGAGGAGCUGUCAGUUCGUCGCUGAUGAGGGUAAGAAAGGAGUGUUCAUGUUCAGAAACGUGAACGGAAUCGGUGUGAGACCAAAAUAA